CUUACCCUAUCCUACCUACAAAGCAGAACAUUAAUGAGCAACAAGCAAAGUACAAAAACUCCCUCAAUUCUGAGGUUCAGAAUUGCUUAGACACCACCAUGAUCUGAACUUCCUGCUCUUUAGUCCCCAGACUAUCAGCUACAAUGGCCAUGUCCUUGUUCUCAUCUCCUCCAACCCAACUCCCCACUCUCUCUCCUUACCCUUAUGCAAAAACCCUUUUGACCCACAAGCCUAAUCUCUUCUGUCUCAGACCCAAGAAGCAUUCCUUCUUGAUAUCCACCAGAGCCACUGAUAAUGGGUCUGGUGUGGCAGGCUCUGUUGCCACAGUAGAGGAGAAGAAGGUUGACCAGAAGGUUUCUGAAGCUCCUGUGACGGUUUCGGAUCCUAAAUCGGAGUCUCAUGAGGAUUCUUUGGAGUCUAAUGGGUCACCGGCGGACACCGGAUCUAAAGAGUUGAAGUUGGUCGCUAAUUUUGAGGAACCCAGAUGGAUUGGAGGGACUUGGGACUUGAAGCAAUUCCAGAAAGAUGGCCAGACCAAUUGGGAUGCUGUUAUUGAUGCUGAGGUUAAGAGGAGAAAAUGGCUCCAAGAUAACCCAGAAUCAUCCAAUAAUGAUGACCCUGUAGUAUUUGACACCUCGAUUAUUCCUUGGUGGGCAUGGAUUAAGAGGUUCCAUCUUCCAGAAGCAGAACUGCUCAAUGGCCGUGCUGCAAUGAUAGGGUUUUUUAUGGCUUACUUGGUGGAUAGCUUGACUGGGGUAGGUCUCGUGGACCAAAUGAGCAACUUCUUUUGCAAAUCGUUAUUAUUCGUUGCUGUUCUGGGUGUACUUCUGAUCCGAAAGAAUGAGGAUAUAGAAACCCUUAAAAAGCUUUGGGAAGAGACAACAUUCUACGACAAGCAGUGGCAAGCAACUUGGCAGGAUGAGACUCCUAGCAGUUCCAAGAAAGAUUAGUCAAAUUGGUGUUGUUUUACUUUGUCAUUCUGUCCUCUUCUUCUGCUGUUUUGCAAAUUUUAUUACUUUCAUUUCUCUGCUCGAAGAGAGUGGUGAAUCGAUUCUCUAUCCUCUAUCCUCUAUUUUGUUCUGUGUCUUCCUGUGCAUCUUUGUAUUCUCUGCAAUACACACCCAAUAUCAUGAUUUGCAGCUUUUGAAAUUCUAUUUUCAUUAACUUUAAAGCAACUAUGAAUAGCAUAGGAUUGCAAGAAUAUGCAACACAAUCACACAUUAUGUAACGUGAAGUCCAAGAAUAAGCAAAAGAUGUUAGGAAAAGUGUAUGAUACCGAA